AUGUCUAUUCAGCAGUAUCAGGCGACUAAGAAAGGCGGACCCUUUGCCCUCGUCUCAGCCCCAAUGCCGAAGCCCGGCGCCUACGAAAUCACUAUCCGUCCCAGAGCUGUGUCCCUCAACGCGAUUGAUUGGAAGAAUCUUCAAUUUGGCGCGCUUGUAGCGGGUUGGCCCUGUGUUCUUGGCAUCGAGGGUUCGGGCACGGUUGAGUCGGUUGGAGAAGGCGUAACAUCUUUCAAACCCGGUGACGAAGUCAUGAGCUGGAUCCAGAGGACUCAGUUCAACGGUGCAUUCCAAGAAGUGUACAGUGCCCAUGAAAGUGUGGUCGCUAAAAAGCCAGCAAAUCUCAGCUUUGAAGAAGCAAGCUCAAUCCCCAUUACCUACCUCACUGCGGCAGCUACUAUUGCCGUUGGAUUGAAAGUCCACAUCCCUGGCCUCUCCAACAAGAAUACCAAUGAGGCACCACCUCGUUCCAUUCUUGUUCUGGGUGGCAGCUCUGGUGUAGGUUCGAGCGCUAUACAGCUCCUGCGCAUCGCGCUACCGUCGGCUACUAUAAUAACAACCAGUUCGCCCACCCAUCACGCACGGCUCAAAUCCCUUGGGUCUCACAUUACUCUCGAGCGAUCCGCUCAACGGGACGCCGCUGUUUUGAAGGCAGCAACACCUGACGGAGCGGGUGUAGACGCUAUCAUUGACGCGGUUGGUGCCGGGAGCGCUGAGCCUGCUGUCUAUGGUGCUUUGCGGGAAGAUGGCCCGAAAUUGUACUCCCUCGUAAUUACACGUCCCGGGGUAGAGCUGCCGGAGGGCAUCAAUUCAACUUUGGUGGGCGGCCAAUCUAUCCUUGACGAGAAUCCAAACGCGAUGAAAUAUCUCAGCAAAUUACUAGAUGAAAAUAAGUAUCAGUUGCCCCUAAAGGUCGAGGUUUUUGGUAAGGGCUUCCAGCCAUUGAAACAGGCCUGGGGAAAAUCAUGA